CAUGCUUAUUAGGUUAUCCACAAACAUAAUCAAGAGAAUUCGAUAAACUUACUGUGUUCAAGUAUCUGUUCUAUUAAAUUUAAGAAUUAAACAAGAACUCAAUUAGAAACCAUCUCCAAAAUUGAUGAUCUAGAAAAAGUAUAAUUAGAAUGGAUUAAUUUGGCAAAGCAAAAAAAUGAUAAUACAUCUGAUUAAGAUGAUGAAAAAAACGAAUAAGAGAAUAAGAAAGAAACCAAAGCAAAUGAAGAUUUAUAGGAGAGUGAAAGCGAAUCUGAUGAUGAUGAUGAACCUAAGGGAGGAAGAAAAAUACCAAUUGUUGAAUUAGUCAAAGGCUUUAUUCCUAGACUGCUAAGACCAGAACCUCAAGAGUGAUAUUUAU